AGCCACGUUAUACUUUGAUAUCUUUCCUUCCCUCCUCUUCACAAGCUUCCUACUUGUAACCAUCACCACCCUCAAAGCAAAACCAUACUGGUCCUUCCGAGCUCCAUUCAGCAUCCUUUUUCUUCCUUCCAAAUCCAAGUUCCUCUGAUAGUUCUCUCGAUCAGGAGAUCAUGGACGGGUUGAAUGUGAUGGCGAGGAGGGUCGAGAUUGAUCGGAGAGCGCCGUUCAAGUCCGUCAAAGAGGCCGUCUCGCUGUUCGGCGAGAAAGUCCUCGCCGGAGAGCUGGUUUAUACCGGCAAGCUCAAAGAGAUGCAACGAAAUGGAGUCAGAGUCAACCGGCAUGCAAAUGGCGACAACGGUGACGAGAGCCUCACGGUGGAGCUGAGAGAGACGAAGCAGAGCCUCCAAAUGGCGAGGGAGGAAGGCCUGUCCAUGGCCAAGUGCCUCUCGUCCCUCCAGGAAGAGCUCGCUCGCACCAAGCGCGAGCUCCACCACCUCAAGAAGCUGGAGCGCCAAUGGGACUCCGGCUCGAGCUCGAAACAGAAGCACCCCGCCGAGGUCGUUGGCGGUGGCGGCGGCGGCGACGACGACAAAGAAGACGUGAAGUUCGUGGAGAAGACUACCACGGAGUUCCAGAAGAAGCGGUACGUGACGUUCACGAACCCUGUGUCGGUGGCUCAUCACGUGGCGGCACCGCUGGCGGCGGUCGACGAGGCGGUGCUGCAGAGGCAUCCCUCGCUGAGGAAGAAGAAGAAGAAGGCGCUGAUCCCGCUCGGCCAGAUCAUCGGGGGGAUCUUCUCGAGGAAGAGAGGGAACAGAGCUGAAGCUACGACGUCGGCGCAACAUGCAUGACUACGCAACACAAGAAGCGCUCGAACACGCUGAAGCAAACUUGGCCUUCGAGCGGUGAAUAAGUAGCUCAAUUUUAGUUGCAGAGUUUGGUCGAACAAAGGUCGAUCGAUCGAACAUCGAUCUUGUCUUGUUUUCAUUACCUGUUCUUUUUCUUCAGUAUACUUGUCUGCAAAAUCGAGGAAGACAUCGUCUGUAUCAUACUAAUUUCCACUGGACGACUCUAGUCUUCCGUUUCAAGAAACAGGUUUUUUUUU